CAAUAAUCUAUAUCCACGUACAAUUUGACUUGCCAUUUUCGCUUAUAUCAGAGCACGGAAUUGUUCCAAUUUAAUUAAAAAAAAAAAUCCCCCAAUAAUGGAAAACAGUGUUCAAACAGAAAAAACAAUAUCUAAAAACAAUUUGCAAGUAUACAUAUGAAGAUUCAAAAUAAAUAUGAAGAAAUGCAGAGGAAAUUGGAAAAGUCUCGAUCUAUGGAUUCGUUAACUUGCAAUUGUUUAAGUAACGAGGACGAAAAAAAAUGUGCGAGUGUCUGUGAUUUAAAUUCAAUGACAAGGGAAGAAAUUUACUUAAUGAAAUAAAUAAUCAUAUACAACACAUAACAAUACUAGAUACUAAUCUAGAGAAUAUAACUCGAAACGACAUUGCUUAUGUCGAACCUGUUGUAGCAAAAUCUGAAUCCGUAUCAAAUGUAAGUGAAAAGUGUGACAGCGAAUGUGAAAGUACAAACGAUUUUGUUUUUUUUAAUAAACAUUAUUUUAAAACAAGCCUUGAAUCAUUGUGUGAAGACGCAAAAGUGGAAAGUGACGAAUGUGAACCAUUUACCCCUCCACCGCGCACUCUUCGUAGUAGAAUAGAAUCACGGCUCAGAAAACGGCAGCGGGAAGAAAAAAUCACUAAACCAAAAUCAAAAGAGUGUAAAAAUAAAGUUGAAAAAUACAUACUGUCUAAUGCAGUAGAAUACGGGAAAGUUAAACCAAUGAAAAAGAUGAGACAGGCUACUGUGACUAUUGCAUUGAUUGAAGUUACGGGUUUUGAAACGACCAAGUUAGAGGAUAAACCGCGUGUUUUAAUGUUUCGACUUAGAUUAGGUACCGAAAAGCUUAAAUCAAAAUUAAUUAAGAGUCACAAAGACGUAGUCCAAGUCCAAGAAAUAUUUAAUUUUAACUUAUAUAACAGCGACAGUCUACUGGAGCUCACACUUUCUGAAAGAGAUAAUAUAAUAUGCAGAAAUAUAAUAGAUUUAAACGAAUUGGAACAAGAAAAAACGCACAGAAUGCGUAUAAAUUCAGAUUAUGAAUUGAAAAACAUUCAGAUUUUUCUCCUUCUUACAAUAAGUGGAACAUUAAACAACACACUUUAUGGUAUGGACGAAACGGAGAUGAGAAAUAAAGAUUAUUUACUAAGAAAAAAAUAUGCUUGGUAUCGCUUGUGUGGACAGUUUUCAAACAUCGGUUCUCUUAAUGUAAUAGUCUAUGGAGCGAAGGGUCUAUCCAGCGCCGACUGUUUUUGCAUCCUUAAUCUAAACAAUGAAAGAGUACAAACCCAAACUGACUAUAAAACUAACGCCCCUAGUUGGAUGAAAAUCGUCACAUUUACUGUAACAGAUAUAACUUCAGUUUUAGAAGUUAUAAUUUAUGACGAAAAAAAGAACGACGAGGUCGGAAGGGUAGCGAUACCUUUGCUUAAAGCUAAGUGCGGAAAAAAUUGGUAUGCCCUAAAAUGCUGCAAUCUCAAAGAUAGGGCGAAGGGAAACAAUCCUAGGAUCCUCUUAGAAAUCAAUCUUGUUUGGAAUGCGAUAAAAGCAGCGAUACGAGUGAUAAAUCCAAAAGAACCUAAUUAUCUACAACAAGAGGAAAAAUUAGACAGACAUGUUUUUGCGAGAAACUUGUCAAGGGCCAAAGUCGUUACCACUUGGAUAAUGAACGCAUUUGAUAUGUUCAAGACGUGUUUUCAAUGGGAAUCUAUGAAAUUGAAUGUAGCAUCGCUAGCAUUAUGGUUGACUUUUUGCUAUCACUUUAAACUGUGGAUGUUACCUCUUCUGCUGCUUAUACCUUUUGUGUGGUACAAACCAGAUCAAUAUACUAUUUUUAAUUGGAAAAGUAAAAUUGUAAACGAAUUCAGUCCAGUCAAUAACAAGGAGGCUAAAGAAAACAAGGAACAAGACAAAAAUGUGUCAAUAAGGCAGAAGAUUAAUCAACUCCAGGAAAUCAUACAAUCCAUACAGAAUUUAAUUGGCAGAAUAGCCGAUUUUGGGGAGAGCGUUAAGAACUUAUUCAACUUUACGCUGCCUUUUGUGAGUUUACUGGCUAUUGUCAUGCUGUUUGUUAGUGCCUUAGUAAUGUAUAUAAUACCUUUCAAUUACAUCUGCAUGUUCUGGGGAAUAAAAAAAUUUUUGUACAAAAUAUUCCGUCCGAAUCGGAUACCAAACAAUGAAAUAAUGGAUUUACUCUCUAGAGUACCUGAUGACAUACUUGUUAGCAAAUAUGAAGAAUUGCCUGUAGGAGAUACAUCCGACGAUAAAAACUGUGAAUGAACUAGAUCUGAGAAAUUAAUUUAAUUUUUGCGUGUUGUGUUGUUUAUUAUUUAACAUUGAACUUAUCAUUUAUUUUAUGGUAAAUUAGAUAUUACUUAAAAUGCCUUCUUUAUUUUGGUGUAAAAUAUAAUUUUGCAAGAUAUAGAUUUUAUCUACAAAGUGUUUGAAAUAUUUUUUUAAAUAAUUUUAAAUACAGUGUUGUGUAAGAUGAACAAAAUGUUAAUAUUAUUUAUGAGAAGGUGUGUUAA